AUGAGCUCUCGGAGUGGACAUAACCCCUCCAUUUCACAAGAAGAUGGCGCUUACCGCGAAGUCGCCGCUCCUGGAGUACCCACUCCACGUGGUAGUGGACCUCUCCGUUCCGGUCAAGGAGGGGCGGAGGUACCCUCGUACGAAUAUGAGUACCAGGCGCCUCCGGUUAGCCACUCUCGUCCGAGUGCUCCACCUGCGGGUUCGUUGCAGGGCCUUGAGGUUGACCGCCUCCGUUAA